GUCCCGGAAUAGGUCAUGUGGUUUACUCUGAGAAAACAAACACUCAAUAUGUUAAUGUCACUGGAUGUCUUAAUCAAUCAACCUUCCUAUAUCAUUACAAGUCGAUGGAUCUUUCAUGGGCUAUUUGGGAUCAAGAAAAGGAUGGUUUGCUUACUUUAAAUGAGUCUUAUGUGUUAUUACAAUGUAUGGAUAAGUCUAAUGCCAGUAUGAUAAGAAAAGAAAUAAAAAAAGCUGACGCGGAAUUCAAUGAUAAAAGUAGGACAUCAGCGACAAUUUCAAAUGAUUCAAAACCUCUUGUAGAUGAUGUAAUCAUGAUUCUCUUAGAAGCCGAAUCCAGAGAAAAAUUUAAACAGGAAUUCCCUCGUUUGAUGGAAUUUUUUCGAAACAUAGAAAGUCAUACAAACGGUUCUCAUAAAUGGUUUUCUAUGGAAAGAUAUAAUGUAUUAGGUCGUAAUUCUGCUCCAAAUAAACCUUAUAUUUAUUCCGGUCAGAGUUAUUGGAAUUUAGAAGCUAGAUAUAGUGGGAAUUGGAUUUGGGAUAUAUUUGAGGAUCAAGGGUUCAUCACUGCUCAUUCUGAUGGUUCUUGUGGUGGUUUCUUGGGUCAUUCAGAUUGGAGUACUAGUGAUAUAAGUUAUUGGUAUAUUCAAGAAAAAUCUCGAAACGGAAAUAAGCGAUUAUUACCAGGGAAUUAUCAUUUCCCAGUGGAUUCUAUAUGUGACAAUUAUAUUCUUUCAAAGAAAAGUCAAGUCGAAACUUCAAAAUUCGAAAAUUCUUGGCAAAAAACAUUGGCACAGCAUUCAUUAGAUUGGAUCGAAGAUUUUCUCAGAGAAUAUUCUGGAGAAAGACGAUUU